AGAUCAAUCUAAACCUACAAUCAAUCGGAUUUGAAUAAUCAUCUCAACUCAAAAAACAAAAGGCUAUGUUCAAACUUGAGUCAUAAUCGUUAAUCAAGACCAAGAAACUUGGUGGAGGAUGCCAUCUUUAGCAUCUCAAAUUAGGCAAAAAUCCAGGUAACUACAAGUGCUAAAAAUGAAGGAGGAGGAGGAGGAGGAGGAGAGGCCCUGCCGGAAAACGACACCGCUUCACGUGCGAACCGGGAGCUUCAUCUUCUUCUCCACUCAGAUCGGAGAAGGCCAGGAAUCAUCAUCACUGUCCGAAAAAAGAUUCCAUCUUUUGUCUCCUCCUCCGAUCCUUAUCGUUUGACGCGAAAACCAGGAAACCCGAAGCUCCCCCACGAUUCUCGGACCAAAUGGAAUUGCCCGAACCACCCAAUCCCCCAAACCCUAAUCCCCAAAUCCCCGCCCCUCGGAACCCCGCAAUGCCCCAAUUCCACCACCGCCGCGCCCGCUCCGAGGUCGGUUUCCGGAUGCCCGAUGACGGCGACCCCUUCGACAAUGCGGCCUCGGGGAGCUUCGAGGACCUCGGGUCCGAGGACGACCUGCUGAGCACGUACAUGGACAUGGACAAGAUCGGGGACAAGCUCGACGGCGGGCCCGGAUCCGGCCCCAGGCCCGACAAUGCCGACGUCGUCGGCGGCGGAGGAGGUGAGAAGGGCGGGAGGCCGAGGCAUCGGUACAGCAAUUCGGCGGACGGGUCUUCGGUCUUGGAGGGGAUAGAGGCUAAGAAGGCCAUGGCUCCUGAUAAGCUGGCGGAGCUGUGGGCGGUUGAUCCCAAAAGAGCCAAGAGAAUUCUUGCAAAUCGGCAGUCUGCUGCUCGCUCAAAAGAGAGAAAAGCAAGGUACAUCUCAGAACUUGAGAGAAAAGUGCAGACCCUUCAAACAGAAGCAACUACUCUUUCUGCUCAGCUCACACUUUUUCAGAGAGAUACCACAGGUUUGACUUCUGAAAAUGCAGAGCUCGAGCUUAGGUUACAGGUGAUGGAACAACAAGCUCAGUUACGUGAUGCUUUAAAUGAAGCUCUGAAAAAGGAAGUAGAGAGGCUCAAAAUUGCCACUGGAGAAAUGAUGACACCAACCGAUACCUAUAAUUUGGAAAUGCUCCAAUAUCCAUAUUCACAACCUUCCUUCUUCCCUCCUCAGCAACAACCCAGAUCAGUCGACUUCCGAAAUAUGCAAAUGCCUCAGUUCAACAUGUUUCAUAUGAACAUAGCAGCUUCAGGGCAGUCUCCGACCGUGCCUGCCCAUUCUCAUGGCUUCUCAGAGCUGUUGCAGCAUGAUUCCCUUGGUCGAUUGGAGGGGCUUGAGAUUAGUAAUAGAGGGUCACAUCUUGUAAAGUCUGAAGGCUCUACCAUUUCAGCAAGUGAAAGCAGUAGCACAUACUAAUGUAAAUUUUAUGCUGUCGCACUAUUGAAGCACACCCCCAUUGAUUUGUCUAUAGAUCGAUCUCUGUAAUCAUAACAUUAUGAGAUAUUAUUUAUUCAGCAAAUGCCAUUCUUUUGAUUUCUUUAAAA